GGGUUUUGCAUACAGUCCCUGUUGACUCUAGUGCCCCCUGCUGGCCCCAGACGCGAGAUUCCGGCGAGACUUCAGAGUACAGCUCCCCCGCAGCCAGAAGCCGGGCCUGCAGCGCCUCAGCACUGCUCCGGGACACCCCACCCGCUUCCCAGGCGUGACGUGUCAACAGGUCUGUAUUGGCGACAAAAGGAGCAGCCCUGAAUGUAGGGAAAGCAGGGCGGAGUCCUUUGCAGGCUCGGGGGAGGGGAGGGGCGUGAAUGCGUGGAUUUCUGUGGAGAGUGGAAACACGGGGAGUCGAGGGGAGCAUGCGCGGGCCUCAGAAAGUUCUGGGAAACCGACUCCCGGGAGCAGGAAGGAACGCGCGCUCCAGAGACAACUUCGUGGUGUGGUGAACUCUGAGGAAAAACCCCAGGAAACACUGGUGCUCAGGUUUGGAGCCAGAGAUUUGCGCUGAAAGGGCGGGAUUGAGUCGCUAGUUGUCAGUUUCCUCAGCAGUAUUUGCGGAGGUUUCCACAGGAGGCCGUUGCUUCGUAAAUAUUAUACGUGUAUUCUUCUUUUUGGAGCAUUUUGAUUAUUACUCUCAGACGUGCGUGGAAACAAGUGACUGAGACCUAGAAAUCCAAGCUUGGAAGUCCUGAGGCCAGCCUAAGUCGCUUCAAAAUGGAACGAAGGCGUUUGCGGGGUUCCAUUCAGAGCCGAUAUAUCAGCAUGAGCGUGUGGACAAGCCCACGGAGACUUGUGGAGCUGGCAGGGCAGAGCCUGCUGAAGGAUGAGGCCCUGGCCAUCGCCGCCCUGGAGUUGCUGCCCAGGGAGCUCUUCCCGCCACUCUUCAUGGCAGCCUUUGACGGGAGACACAGCCAGACCCUGAAGGCAAUGGUGCAGGCCUGGCCCUUCACCUGCCUCCCUCUGGGAGUGCUGAUGAAGGGAAAACAGCUUCACCUGGAGACCUUCAAAGCUAUGCUUGAUGGACUUGAUGUGCUUCUUGCCCAGGAGGUUCGCCCCAGGAGGUGGAAACUUCAAGUGCUGGAUUUACGGAAGAACUCUCAUCAGGACUUCUGGACUGUAUGGUCUGGAAACAGGGCCAGUCUGUACUCAUUUCCAGAGCCAGAAGCAGCUCAGCCCAUGACAAAGAAGCGAAAAGUAGAUGGUUUGAGCACAGAGGCAGAGCAGCCCUUCAUUCCAGUAGAGGUGCUCGUAGACCUGUUCCUCAAGGAAGGUGCCUGUGAUGAAUUGUUCUCCUACCUCAUUGAGAAAGUGAAGCGAAAGAAAAAUGUACUACACCUGUGCUGUAAGAAGCUGAAGAUUUUUGCAAUGCCCAUGCAGGAUAUCAAGAUGAUCCUGAAAAUGGUGCAGCUGGACUCUAUUGAAGAUUUGGAAGUGACUUGUACCUGGAAGCUACCCACCUUGGCGAAAUUUUCUCCUUACCUGGGCCAGAUGAUUAAUCUGCGUAGACUCCUCCUCUCCCACAUCCAUGCGUCUUCCUACAUUUCCCCGGAGAAGGAAGAGCAGUAUAUCGCCCAGUUCACCUCUCAGUUCCUCAGUCUGCAGUGCCUGCAGGCUCUCUAUGUGGACUCUUUAUUUUUCCUUAGAGGCCGCCUGGAUCAGUUGCUCAGGCACGUGAUGAACCCCUUGGAAACCCUCUCAAUAACUAACUGCCGGCUUUCGGAAGGGGAUGUGAUGCAUCUGUCCCAGAGUCCCAGCGUCAGUCAGCUAAGUGUCCUGAGUCUAAGUGGGGUCGUGCUGACCGAUGUAAGUCCCGAGCCCCUCCAAGCUCUGUUGGAGAGAGCCUCUGCCACCCUCCAGGACCUGGUCUUUGAUGAGUGUGGGAUCACGGAUGAUCAGCUCCUUGUCCUCCUGCCUUCCCUGAGCCACUGCUCCCAGCUUACGACCUUAAGCUUCUGCGGGAAUCCCAUCUCCAUAUCUGCCCUGCAGAGUCUCCUGCAGCACCUCAUUGGGCUGAGCAAUCUGACCCAUGUGCUGUAUCCUGUCCCCCUGGAGAGUUAUGAGAACGUCCGUGGUACCCUCCACCUGGAGAGGCUUGCCUAUCUGCAUGCCAGGCUCAGGGAGUUGCUGUGCGAGUUGGGGCGGCCCAGCAUGGUCUGGCUUAGUGCCAACCCCUGUCCUCACUGUGGGGACAGAACCUUCUAUGACCCGGAGCCCAUCUUGUGCCCCUGUUUCAUGCCUAACUAGCUGGGUGCACAUAUCAUAUGCUUCAUUCUGCAUACUUGGACACUGAAGCCAGGAUGUGCAUGCAUCUUGAAGCAACAAAGCAGCCACAGUUUCAGACAAAUGUUCAGUGUGAGUGAGGAAAAAAUGUUCAGUGAGGAAAAAACAUUCAGACAAAUGUUCAGUGAGGAAAAAAAAGGGGAAGUUGGGGGUAGGCAGAUGUUGACUUGAGGAGUUAAUGUGAUCUUUGGGGAGAUACAUCUUAUAGAGUUAGAAAUAGAAUCUGAAUUUCUGAAGGGAGAUUCUGGCUUGGGAAGUACAUGUAGGAGUUAAUCCCUGUGUAGACUGUUGUAAAGAAACUGUUGAAAAUAAAGAGAAGCAAUGUGAAGCA